CGAUGCCAAAGCUGCAGGGCUUCGAGUUCUGGAGCUGUACCCUGGGGGGGGCCCGCCACGUGGUGGCCCCCAUGGUGGACCAAAGCGAGCUGGCCUGGAGGCUGCUGAGCCGCCGCCACGGGGCCCAGCUGUGCUACACACCCAUGCUGCACGCCCAGGUCUUCAUUCGAGAUGCCAACUACCGCAAGGAGAACCUGUACUGCGACGUGUGCCCCGAGGACCGGCCUCUCAUCGUGCAGUUCUGUGCCAAUGACCCGGAGGUGUUUGUCCAGGCAGCUCUCCUGGCUCAGGACUACUGCGACGCCAUCGACCUGAAUUUGGGCUGCCCGCAGAUGAUAGCCAAGCGAGGUCACUAUGGCGCCUUCCUGCAGGAGGAGUGGGACCUUCUCCAAAGAAUGAUUCUGCUAGCCCACGAAAAACUUUCUGUCCCUGUCACAUGCAAGAUCCGUGUCUUCCCAGAGAUUGACAAGACCGUAAGGUACGCCCAGAUGCUGGAAAAGGCUGGCUGCCAGUUACUGACUGUCCACGGGCGCACCAAGGAGCAGAAGGGGCCCUUGUCGGGCACCGCGUCCUGGGAGCACAUCAAGGCUGUGCGGAAGGCAGUGGCCAUCCCCGUGUUUGCCAAUGGCAAUAUCCAGUGCCUGCGGGACGUGGAACGCUGCAUCCAGGACACGGGGGUGCAAGGGGUCAUGAGUGCAGAGGGAAACCUGCACAACCCUGCCCUGUUCGAGGGCCGCAGUCCUGCCGUGUGGGAGCUGGCCGAGGAGUACCUAGACAUCGUGCGGCAGCACCCCUGCCCUCUGUCCUACGUCCGGGCCCAUCUCUUUAAGCUGUGGCACCACACGCUGCAGGUGCAUCAGCAGCUUCGAGAGGAGCUCGCCAAAGUGAAGACCCUGGAGGGCAUUGCCGCAGUGAGCCAGGAGCUGAAGCUGCGGUGUCAGGAGGAUAUAGCCAGGCAGAAGGAGGGAGAGAAGCCUUCAGGCGGCUUGCCUUUCUUCCACUGGAUCUGCCAGCCCUACUUCCGGCCAGGGCCCAGGGACGGGAGCAAGGAGAGCGGGGGUGCCCGUAGCAAGCGGGCCCUGGAGGAGGAGGAGGGCAGUACAGACGUCUUGUCCAAGAACAAGCAGAAGAAGAAACUGAGGAACCCCCAUAAGACCUCUGACCCCUCGCUGAAGCCAAAAUAUGCAAAGUGUGAUCAGUGUGGAAACCCAAAGGGCAACAGGUGUGUGUUUAACCUGUGCCGGGGCUGCUGCAAGAAGCGAGCUUUCAAAGAGACGGCUGACUGUCCAGGUCAUGGACUGCUUUUUAAAACCAAACUGGAGAAGUCUCUGGCCUGGAAGGGGGCCCAGCCGCGGCUGCAGGAACCACAGCAGGCCAGGCCUGGAGAACCAGGUGGCUUCCCGGAGGUCAUGGGCAGUGCCCUGGCCUGAAGGGCAGCUGCAGCCCCAUGUGCCACCACCCCCCCCAAGGCCCGCCGCUGAAGCCUUGAAACGUCCCACUUAAGGAAACUCCUUUACUCAGGGAACCUCCUGCUGCUUCACACGGAAGGACAAGCUGGUCUUCCCUUCAGCCCAUGCUGGGGGCCCAGAGAUGCUGCACCAGGGAGCAGGCUCCCAGGCUGGACCUGCCCCAUCCUCACAACCCACGUGUGUUCAAGAUGAACAAUAAAUCAUUUCAAAGACACGA